UUGAGAUCAAAGUAGGGCUUAUAGAAAGAAGCAUGCUGAAGCUUAUUACUUUCCUCUCCCAAGGGGAUGCUCGAGUUGGAGUGGUCCGUGGAGGAAGAAUGUGGCCCCUUGAUGAUGUUCUAUCGGCCAAUGCCUCGAAGCACGACAUGGUUGCCGUGAUCAGAGACUGGGAUGCGAUACGAAAGAGCUUGAAGCUUGAAAGUCCGGGACUUGAGCUUACGGAUAUCGAGCUACAAGCUCCAAUUCCAAGGCCAUCAGGGGCGAUUAUGUGCAUUGGAAAGAAUUACAGGGACCAUGUCAAAGAAAUGGAUAAAUGGAAGACUGCUCCAGCUUUGUCUGCUCAAGAUGUUCCCAAGAAUCCUAUCGUUUUUACCAAAGCACCACAAUCUGUGAUUGGUCCCGGGGCUGCAAUCAAAUAUCCUCACGGUUUAUCUUCGCAAGUCGACUAUGAAGCAGAAUUGGCUGUGAUAAUUGGAAAACCGGGAAGAGCCAUCAAAAGAGAGAACGCUCUAGAACACGUAUUCGGAUAUACGAUCUUAAACGAUGUCACUGCAAGAGAUUUGCAAAAACGCCACCAACAGUGGUUUAUAGGCAAGAGUUGCGAUACAUUUUGUCCCAUGGGUCCAUGGAUUGUUCCAGCAACGGAGAUAAACGGAGAGGAUCUUCGGAUCCAAUGCUGGAUCAAUGACGAACUCCGACAGGAUGGUCGAACGUCAGACAUGAUCUUUCCAAUCCCAGAGCUGAUCGAGACGAUAUCAGCGGGAAUAACUUUGCAAACGGGAGAUAUCAUCGCAACUGGAACUCCCUCAGGUGUUGGAUCGGGGUUUGAUCCACCCAAACAUCUACUUCCUGGCGAUAAAAUCCGCAUCGCGAUCGAGAACAUUGGCGAAUUACUCAAUACUGUGGAGUAAGAUUAAUCCAUUACCGUCCAUUACCCAGUUUCAUCCAA